AUGUCCCUCUCGCAGCCAAUCUCCUCCCGCCGCGGCAACCGACAGCGGAGCCGCCAUUUCCAUGAUGAGAAGAAGCUCUUGUUGUUGCUGCCGCUUCUAUUUUUCCUUCUUCUUCUCCCUCUGCCUUUGAAUCUGAAGCAGAACAAAAAUUGGUUAUGGGAUCUGGCACCUCUAGCGAAACCAGACUGGGAUCAGAGUCCCUGCAACCGUCCCUUCCUUUCUCGCCACUGCAACUACUUCCCGUCAUCUACUUCGGCCUGGCCGGAAUCUCGAGUCGUCGUCGGGUGCUUCUCCGCAACUGUCACCCUAGUCCUAGGCCCUACGAUUUGA